AUGCUCUUCACCACCUUCACCAAUGCAGCUCUCACAGCUUUCACCCUCCUAGCCGCUCCAGCCCUAGGAAGCCCCAUUGAAGUCGAAGUCCCUGGACUGGAGUCACACCUUCAGUCCCGGGCCAGCGACAUCCGAGUCAAGUUUUGGGAUAGUACCAGUUGCAAGACUUCCCGAUCCAACAAGUGGUACAACCGUGGACACUGUAUCAAGAGUCUUGACAAGAAAGAUGUUGCUGUCAGCAUGCAGGAAAAGAAGUCAGGCUGCUACAUGAUUAAAUUCAAGAAGCAGAACUGCCAGGGUACUUCUGUGCGAAAGAACAAUCUCCAUGAUUGUUUUGAUAUUGCCAGUGGUUGGGAGUCUUUGAAGUUUGUCUGUUAA